AUGCAUGAUACAGCAGAGCAUAAAGCCGUGGUGGAGGCGGAAGUUGAGCAUGCUCAUGAACAGCCUCGGGGGGAUUCCCUCGGGUAUCAAGAUCCACACAAGGCUGCACUCGAGGACAGUCCCGAGCAUGCAGAAAAGCUCAGUCUAUCUGUCAUUUUGUCCGCUUUGUUCCUGGGAACUUCCUUUACAGGUCCAAUCAUCUUUGGCUUUAUACUUGCCACGCCUAUCCUAGUACAACUGAGCGAGAAGCUUGGAGGCGAGAACAUCUCUUUCUGGAUUCCCUCUGGCUGGGGUGCCGCGGCUGCUGUCGGCUUUUCUAUCGCAGGGCGUCUCUCGGACGUGUUUGGUCGCCGUUAUGUCAUUCUUGCAGGCCAGCUUCUGACUAUCAUUGGUGGUGCGAUCGCAUGUAGUGCGCAGACGAUGAAUCAGCUGAUUGCAGGCGAAGUCAUUCUUGGGGGUUCAAUUGGCACGGUGUCGGUCGCAUAUGCAGGUAUCUCUGAGAUUCUACCCAAUAAGUGGAGAGGCGUAGGCCUUGCCUGGACAGAAUUCAAUCUAGCGACCUGGGCCAUUGCAGGCACAUUAUUGGCCAAUGCACUCCUUUCGCAUGCUAGUUGGCGUAUCAUGUUCUACAUUGCUAUGGGCUAUGGAGCAUUUUCCCUUGUCGGCACCUUUUUGGUAUACUUUCCACCAAGUCACCCUCGCCCGGACGGCCUUACCAAGUGGCAGGAAUUCAGAAAAUUGGAUUUCCUCGGUGCGGCUCUCUUUAUCUCUGGGCUUGCGGUGUUCUUGUAUGGGCUGAACUCUGGUGGAAACACCUAUCCAUGGAAGGCUGCCGGUACACUCGCGCCGCUCAUUCUAGGCCUGUUCGUCUUUCUCGCUGCCUUCGUAUACGACUUUACCGUGGCGAAAGAUCCAUUGUUCCCGUGGUAUCUAUUCAAGAGCUUUCGGGAAUUUUCUGCACUACUUAUGCUGGUAUUUGUGGCCGGCAUGGUAUUUUUUGCUGCCUCUGCUCUUAACGCCCAGACAAUUCUGUACCUGUACACUGCAGAUCCUAUCAAGAUUGGAGUGUACUCUAUUCCCUCGGGUGCUGGCCAACUCGUCGGUGGAGUUAUUAUUCCUGGCCUUGUGCACUAUAUCAAAUACGUGCACUAUCAACUUACCUUCUCCGUUUUCAUGCAAACGCUCUUCUUUGGCCUCGCAGCACUUAUUACGCCACACAAUAUCAACUGGGUGAUGGCAGUUCAAUUCCUUGCAAUGCUGCCCUUCGGAUGGAUCACUCUGAAUUGCUACACCACAGCCUCGCUACACGUACCACAGCGGGAUUUAGGGGUAGCGAUAGGAUUGAUUGGCACUUUUAGAUCUCUCGGAGGAGCAGUAGGCUCAGUCAUAUUCUCGUCCAUCUUCGGGCAGGUGUCUGCCAAGCAGAUCGUCAGUCGCGUCACAGAAACUGCCACGAAUGCGAAUGUUUCGCCUGAGACAAUCAAGGAGCUGAUUGGGGCCGUCAAGUUAACCAUAGUCGGUGUUCCUGGGCAAGCUGCUACUGUACCCAGUGUUUCCUCAUCGGUGUUCUCGGACUGCGUGGAAGCCGCUCGGCUGGGAUACGCGUACGGAUUUCGCAUCACCUGGCUCGCCUCAAUACCCUUUGGCGUCAUUGCUAUGGCAUGUGCCAUAGCAGUCCGAGACCCCUCGAAAUACUUCACCAACCACGUCGAAAUUCAUUUGGAGAAGGAAAUUGGAGGAGGUCAUCAAUUAGAUGAGUCGAAGGAGAAGGUUGUAACCUAA